UUCAUCUUCUAGAUAGCGCAAAACAGGAGCAGCGGGAGCAGCUGCGUGAGUUGUCCGAAGCACGUGAAACAGGAUCCUUGCCUACAAAUGAUCUCAUCGGUAGAGGAGAGGCUAAGGAGUUUGUUAUGCAGUGGUUGAGGAAGCCAUCAUAUGAGCCUCAGACAACUUUGCACAGUAACAUUUCUCUUCUAUCUAUAGUGGGCCAUGGUGGUAUGGGAAAGACAACUCUCUUGCAACACGUUUAUGAAGAAGAAAUGAGGAAGGAAUUUUUUGAUCUUAAAAUGUGGGUUUGCGUUUCCAACAACUUUGAUGUGAAAAAAGUUAUUGCAGAUAUGUUGGAAUCUCUUAAGAAAGAGAGGCCUCGUUUGGAGACACUUGAUGCACUUCAAAAUAGUCUCAAGAAUGAGGUGAUGUCCAAAAAGUUCUUACUUGUGCUGGAUGACAUUUGGGAGAAUGAUGAGCAGGAUAAAAAGAAAUGGGAGAAGUUGCUCGCCCCUCUGGCUUAUGGGAAAAUUUGUAGUAGAAUUUUGGUGACAACUCGAACGGAUUCUGUUGCAAUGAUGAUUGCAACGGUCAUUAAAAAGAAGUCGGAAAUAUUUAGAUUAGAGGGCUUGGAGGAAGAUCAGUGUUUGCAGCUCCUCAACUCUCAUGCAUUUUUUGGUAUAGAGAACUCCCCUGAUGAUCAUAAAAAAUUAAGAGCCAUUGCUGGAGAGAUAGUUAAAAAGCUUUUAGGAUCACCAUUGGCAGCAAAGGUCAUUGGUGGUGUUCUGAAUGACAACUUGGAUGAAAGGCAUUGGACAAAAAUUUUGAAUAGUGAUUUUCUAAGUCCAAAAUUGGGUCAGGAUGACAUCUUUCUCAUUUUAAGAUUGAGCUAUAUGUUCCUCCCAAAACAUCUACAAAACUGUUUCACAUUUUGUUCUAUAUUUGAACAAGAUUAUGAGUUUUCUAAAGAUGAUUUAGUCAAAAUGUGGGUUGCAUUGGGUUUCAUUCAGCAACCUCAUGAUCAAGAAUGGACUAUGGAGGAUAUUGGAGGAAGGUAUUUUGAUGUUUUGGUUAAAAAAAAUUUCUUUGACAAGUUUGAAAUUGAUGGACAAUACUACAAGAUGCAUGAUUUAAUACAUGAAUUGGCACGAUUAGUUUCCAUACAUGAAUGUUUAAGAGUUGAGGAUGGCACAAAGUUGCCUUCUAUAAUUCCUAAGACUCUUCGACACUUGUUUAUUAAAACUACAAAUCCAAACAUCAUAAAAAAUAUUGUGCAGUUUAAGUAUUUGCAUUCUCUUUUCUUGUUCUAUGAAGCUUCCAAUGCGGAUCUUUGUAAUGCACUUAUUGAAAUAUUCAAAGCAUCGAGAAGCCUACGCUUAUUAUACAUAUGGGCUCAAGAAAGCUUGGAAAUAAUAUAUAUACCUGAGGAGAUUGGAAAUUUGAUACAUCUUCGAUACUUAAAGAUUGAUUAUUAUGAUUUGACUAUACUGCCAAGAUCUCUAAGUAAUCUCUACCACUUACAAUACCUAAUCAAUUAUGGACAUAAUGUAGGUGAUGAUUUUUUACUGAGUGGCAUUAGUAAUCUUUCAAACUUGCUUUACGUGGAAUUGCCCAAGAAUGAUAUUUCAUUGAUAUGUGGGAUUGGGAAGCUAAAGUCUCUUCAAGAAUUGAAUAUGUUUGAUCUUAGAGAUGUGAGUGGUUAUAGAAUUGGAGAGCUGGAGAAUAUGAAUAAUCUUUGCAAAUUAGGAAUCAAUUGCCUUGAAAAUGUUAAGGAUGCCGAGGAGGCUUGUAGUGCCAAAUUAUGUUCCAAGAAAAGGCUCACAGAUUUAACCUUAUGUUGGAGUAAUACUUAUUAUCCGAGGAGCUUCGAUUUAGAUGAGAACGUUCUCAACAAUCUUCAGCCACCAAAAUGUCUAAAGAAUCUGAGUAUAAGGAGAUACAUGAGUGCAAGGUCUGCAAUAUGGAUGAACAAUGUCAGUUUGAUCUCCAAUCUAGAGAAAAUCGUAUUGGAACUUUGCUGGGAGUGGGAAACUCUUCCACCUUUUGGGCAACUUCCCUUUCUCAAGUCUUUAAAACUUUCUCACAUGCGGAAAGUAAAAUGGCUCCAAAAUAUGUACUGCGUCUUUCCAUUGUUAGAGGUGUUAGAAAUUUACGGAUUAGAAGCACUAGAGGAUUGGUUUGAGGCAGGAGUAGCUGCUGAAGAUGGAUGUUUGUUUCCUUGCUUAAUUCAACUGAAGCUAUAUGACUGCCCGAAGCUGAAAGAGUUGCCCUCUUUGCCUUCUAAGCUCAAGCAGUUGCAGAUAAAAUCUACGGGGUGGAAGACUUUGACUUUUUUUAGCAAUUCAAAUCCUAUUCCUCUUGAAUCAUUAGCGGUCUUUCAAUGUCCAAACAUUACAUCUCUUCCUCUGGCUGAUGAAAUAACAAGACUUGCAGCACUAAGAUCCUUGACAAUUGAAAAUUGCCCCAAUCUGAUCUCUCUCGGAGAAAUGCAAACCAGUAAUAAUUGCCAUCUCAUGCUCAGCAAUCUCAGGAUAAGUGAUCCAUUGGUGUUGCUAAUGGAGCCAUUGAGAAGUAUCGCCUCCUUAAAAAAACUGAGUAUUUCGAAUAAUGAUAAGCUGGUUUCAUUUCCAAAUGAGGCGGAGUAG